AUGGAAGAAGCAGGAUCACCUUCUUCUUCACUCACGACCGCGAAAGUACCAUCGGCAGCCUUGGAUGAUUGUUCAACCGCUGCAAACAGUGUUAGUGGUGAAGCCGCAGUCGUGGUGACUGAUGCUGUCGGAAGCUGCUGCUGUUUGUUGGUGACAUUUGGAAGCUCUUCUGUGGCUGGCGGCUCGAUUGCCAAAACCUCUUCCACGUCCGGUUGCUCUGCUCGCCUCUCAAGAUCACCGUCUGAGUCAACCUGCACAACUGACGAUGCUUCUGCAACAGAUGGUGAUGAAAGAGCUGCAUCACUUUUGGUUAGCCUCAAUGUGCUGACAGCAGCAACAAUGAACUUUUCUUCAUCAAACAAACUAGGAGAAGGCGGGUUUGGACCAGUCUACAAGGGGAAGUUGCUUGAUGGACAAGAAAUCGCUGUUAAAAGGCUGUCAGCAAGCUCUAGACAAGGCCUGGAAGAGCUUAAAACAGAAGUAAUGUUGGUGGCAAAGCUUCUGCACAAGAACCUUGUACGGUUGUUCGGAUUCUGCUUGGAAGAAGAAGAGAAAAUGCUGGUGUAUGAAUACCUACCUAAUGGCAGCCUUGACAAGAUUUUAUACGAUCCCAAUAGAAGAUUUGACCUGGACUGGGGGACUAGGUACAGAAUCAUAAUCGGGAUUGCUCGAGGACUGCUGUACUUGCAUGAAGAUUCUCAGCUCAGGAUCAUCCACCGCGAUUUGAAAGCCAGCAACAUCCUGUUAGAUGAGUCCAUGAACCCUAAGAUUUCAGAUUUCGGGUUGGCCAGGCUUUUCCUAGGAAGUGAAACUCAAGGCAACACAGAUCGGAUUUCAGGAACUUAUGGCUAUAUGGCGCCUGAGUAUGCUAGAAAUGGUUACUUUUCAGUGAAGUCUGAUGUCUACAGCUUUGGUAUUCUGGUACUGGAGAUUGUGACAGGCAGAAGGAAUGUCAGGAACCGGAACUCUGUCAACCUUCAAAGUCAUGUAUGGGAUCACUGGAACAAUGGGAUGGCUCUACAGUUGAGGGAUCCAGCGAUGGGGAAUCGAUGCGCAAACACCGAGGUCUUGAAGUGCAUCCACAUAGGUCUGCUGUGCGUUCAGGAAUCUGCUGCUGACAGACCAACAAUGUCGGAAGUCAUCAUGAUGCUCAGCAGCCAUACUGUGACCUAUCCAACGCCUUUGCAGCCGGCAUUCUUCAUCAACAGAGGGGGGAGCUUUGAAGCAGAUAAUGAUGAUGGAGACAGAUUUACUGCUGGUGCUGCUGAACUUGUCAACUCCAAAUCAGAGCCGUUGCAGCUGUCCAUAAAUGAUGUCUCCAUCACAGAUUUACAUCCUCGUUGAGAGGUUUGUUUCUUUUGAGGUGCUGAUCAUGUUAAAGUGUUUAUCUCUUUGAAUGGUGAUUACGUACACAAUCUUUUAUUUGUCUCAGUUAC